AUGUUUGACACAAUAAUAACAAGUCAUGUGUUGUGUUGUUGUUUCAAAUGAUUGAAUGAGUGAUGAAAAUGGCGUUCACUAUAAACACACAUUUGUUGUAAUCGUUGAUAUUAUCUGUUAUUUUUGGUCACCAUUUGGAUCCAUUAGUACUCAUAUUAUCAAAUUUUACACAAAUGUCUGCCGAUAAACAAAUGGACGAAGAAAUGUACAGCUCUUCAGAUGAGGACUGCUUUAAUGACUAUUAUGACAUUCAUGACGACAAUGAUGACGACGAGACAGACAACUGUUCCCUUAAGAGAGAUCCCGAGUAUUUUGAGUACGAGUGCCUUACCAUAGAAGAAGUGGAAAGAUAUUUCAAUGAAAGCGUCGAACUGAUCUGUGGCGCCAUUCAAGUGAAUCCAUCGUUGGCUAAACUCAUGUUACAUACGAUGGAGUGGAAUGUGGAUCAAGUGAUACACAGAUAUCGGACGGACUGUAAUAAGUUGUUGAGAGACGCGAGGAUUAAACCACAAACACGUAUCUCUUGUUCACAAAAUACAGACUCGACUCAAUCGAUACCUUCUUCAAGUGUUUCGUCUUCAAUAAGCCAAACAACACAAACUUUCAGAUCUCGAGUCAGUUUUGUCUUAUGCAACGUCUGUUAUCAGAGUUGUCCCGCAGAGUAUCACAAAUGUUUGAGUUGUGGUCACUCCUAUUGUAAGGAGUGCUGGUCUAACCAUUUGGAAGUACAUAUUCUGAAUGGUGUGACCACUAAUAUCGAGUGUAUGGCAAGUAAUUGCCGAAUACUAGUUACUGAAGACUUUGCCCUUAAUUUAUUGACAACAAAAUUGUCUCUUCGCGAGAAGUAUCAACAGUUUGCGUUCAGAGAUUAUGUCAAAUCACACCCAAAACUGCGAUACUGUGUUGGUCUCAACUGUGAUGUUAUCAUCAGAUCCAAAGAACCAGCGGCUAAACGUGUCAUUUGUAGUGAAUGCAAAAGUAGUUAUUGUUUUCAAUGCGGUGGUGACUAUCACACGCCCACACAUUGCAAUACAAUUAAGUUAUGGCUAACUAAGUGUGAGGACGACUCAGAAACGGCUAACUAUAUCUCUGCUCACACUAAGGACUGUCCUAAAUGUCAUAUUUGUAUUGAAAAGAACGGCGGAUGUAAUCACAUGCAGUGCUAUAGUUGUAAACAUGAUUUCUGUUGGAUGUGUUUAGGAGACUGGAAGACACACGGAUCAGAAUAUUAUGAGUGUAGUCGAUAUAAGGAGAAUCCUAACAUUGUUAAUGAGUCAGCCCACGCACAGGCACGUGAGGCACUUAAAAAGUAUUUAUUUUACUACGAAAGAUGGGAUAAUCACGCGCGUAGUUUACGUCUUGAGGAACAAACACUUCAACGAAUUAAACAACGAAUUCAUGAAAAAGUGAUGAAAAAUAUGGGCACUUGGAUUGACUGGCAGUAUCUGUUAGAUGCGGCCACAUUACUUGCCAAAUGUCGUUAUACAUUGCAAUACACCUAUCCUUUUGCCUAUUUUAUGGAUUCGGGACCUCGAAAGGCACUGUUUGAGUACCAACAGUCACAACUCGAGGCUGAGAUUGAAAACCUCUCGUGGAAAGUGGAAAGGGCUGAGACUACCGAUAGAGGAGAUCUGCAAAAUCAAAUGGAUAUCGCAGAGAAACGUAGAGCUAUUCUACUCAAAGAUUUUUUAGCAUAA